AUGGCCAGUGCUUCGUCUCUAAUCUCCCCAAUCUCCCACUGCGGCCGAGUGAGAAAUGUGGGUCGUUUGGGGGUCUUUGGGAAUUGCUCGUUUCCUGGGAAUCCGCAGAGGGAGGUCUGGCUCCGUUGCAUCGCGGCGGAGGAAGGUGGCCUGGGGGUGACAGAGCUGGGUGCAUGUAAACCCAAUCCACGAAUUCCCAGGUGCUCUCUCUCUCUCUACCUCCCUCUUCCUUUCCGCAUCUGUCUAUCUAUCAUCUCUCUCUAUUUCCUUAUCAUCAUUGUAUGACGCGGAUCGAUAGCCGGAGGAAGGGAUGGCGGUGCGUUGCAAGCGUGUAGACGCGCAAUCCCUUUCCCUUUCUGAUAGACAGUAUUGUUGCUCUUGCUGCCAUCGGGAUAAAUCUGGCCCCCGGUGGAGCGGUGAAAUGCGUAGAGAUCGGAAAGAACACCAAUCGCCAAUGUGUCCAAUUAUUUUCAAUUGGAGUAAUUGGGCACCUUCUGGGGGAGACUUUGAAUUUGUCUGCGCAACAUCGACGAGAAGUGGCCAUUUUUACUUAUUACCUAUCCAAGGGUGUGUUUGCGUCCCGCGUUCUUUGGGUUUAGCUGUACCAUCUCAAACGCAAAGAAUGGAACGGCCAGGAUUGUUGUCUUGCAUUUUAUAGUUUUCUAGGUUGCUGCUUGGAAUAUGGCUAAUAAUGCAGCCCACACACUUUUAAGAAAUUAUCUGCUCAUUCCGUCAGUUAGAAUCACCAUGUGUUUUGAUUUUAGCUGUACCUAUGAUUAAUAGAUUUUUGGAAUCAAGACUGCAUAUAUCCAUGCUUGUACCGCUUUUGUAGAUUCUUAUCCAGAACAUUUUGGUUCCCACUUUUGCAGUUUGAUAGUUAAACUAGCUCUUUCUUCAACCUUUUUAUAAAAGGAUUCGUUUGUCCGUAGACUUGUUGGAAUGGGAUCCAAGCUGGUUGGCUGUGGUUCUGCGGUGCCAAAGCUCCAAAUUUCGAACAAUGACCUCGAGAAGAUUGUCGAAACGUCUGAUGAAUGGAUUUCUGUUCGGACAGGGAUCCGUAAUCGUCGAGUUCUCUCAGGUACUUCUCUCAGUGAUGACUUAAGACCCUAUGUUUCAUAUUUACUCAGCCUUAUUUUAACAGGAGACGAAACAUUGACUGGGCUGGCCACUGACGCCGCGAAGAGGGCACUUCAGAUGGCUCAAGUGACACCAGAGGAUGUCGACAUAGUAAUAAUGUGUACAUCUACUCCAGAGAAUCUUUUCGGCGAUGCUGCUAGGGUAUGCUCUCAGAAUUUCAGAUCUGAAUGCUGUCUUCUGGAUCUUAAUGCAUGAACUUCAAAGGAAAACCUUUACGUUUCAUCUCUAAUUCGUUACUCUACACGCUGUCCACUGACGAUAUAUCCCUUCUACAGAAAUCUAUGCUCAUGGCUACUCAUUUUUCUUAUUAUUAAGGGAGAUAAAGGCAUUUUACUAUCCUUUACUCUGCAGGUCUCCCCGGACAGCUCUAUAUUCGUCGUAGUAACUCGUAUGGGCUGCAUUUCUACUCGAUAGAAAAAUUACGUUCCUUAUUUCAUCAGUUUUUUACGUUGGCGUGUGAUCCUCGAGCAUUCUAGGGUUUUAACGAAUAAAUGGAUGAUGAGUUUUUCUCUAAUUGGAGGGAUCAUCGACUUCUGGCUGGUUCUGAGAACCAGUGUUUUCUAUCCAUUCAACUGAACCCAUUGCACAUGGUUGGUUUCGUUCCUUGAAGAAUUCAUUCUGAGGAAAAAAAUAGUAGAUGAUGCAAUAAUUUUCUUUCUUUUGUUUCUGCGACCUUUGAGGAUGCAUCACAUUUUACUGGAUACAUUUUUUUUUGGACACCUGUUAAACGUCACUGUCUGUAACUGAGAACGAAGGGGAAUUAGAUUACAUGUUGAACCAAUUGAAUCGCAUUCACCGUGGAAACUUGAUUAAUAUUUACAAACAAUGGACUUUAGGUUGUGUGGUCCGCGAAUUCUGUAGUCCAUAGAAGCCUUCAUCAAGGAAAAAAAAUAUGCUGUAAUUUGCCUAGACAUUCUCACGUCUAGCCAGUGCUUUGAAGUUUCAAUCGAGUGAAGAGGGUUCUCCCAACUUAUUUAUCCCAGUGUCGAGAUUCUUCUUAAAAUAAGGCGGAAACAUUAUGAUAUGAUUGCCAAAGAAUUGGGUCAUCCAACUCAAAAUCGGCCGUCAGGCAGACAGGCUGUAGCAGACCUAGCAAGCCUACAUUAUUAUUAAAGAUGAAUGCAUUGUGGCACAAUGAGUGAAAUAGGUUCAUAUACUUAAUCUUACGGUUUAAUUUGCCCCCUUUCAUCAUAGUUUUACAGGCUUCAUGACUUGUAGACCAGCUUUUGUACUCUCCCUCUCCUAUGUAGGCAAUACAACCGAGGUACACAACCCAGGAGCGUAACAUGGAAGAAGAUAGCUUUUCUGGAUCCCAAUUUACCUAUUUUUUCCGAGGUCGUGUUAGGAUAUUCCACUCUUUGGAAGAUAUCUCCCACAAGAAUGUCGGAUGUAAAUGGAAACGUUGUUCUAUAUAUGGGCAUAAUGGUGAUGCUUCUCUUGCAAGACUGCUUGUGUGGAUCCAGCAUUGCUUCGACUGCCGGUAUAGUUGUCCUAUAGCUCUUGAUUACUUACAGAGGUGUUGUGGUACUUCCAAUAGACCAAGAAAAAGCCCUUUUCCUGUGCUUUUUUCCCCUUCAAUGGGCAAGUUCAAGGAGAAAUGAUCUAGUAAAGUGGGGGUUUCUGAGCCAUUAUUUCUCCUUUUCACGUGGAUGAUUUCUUCCCCUUUAUGAUGAACUGCAUGUUCUCAAACAAGCACGGCCCUUUGCCCUUCUUCCCUCUACUGUGGAAUUUUCUCUUCUUUUCCAAUGGGUCAUUUACAUUCACCAAGGGGAAACUUUUUCAAUUGCGCGGAGGAUCUCUCCUCCCUUUUGAUCGAACACACCAUUCACGAGCAAACAUUUUCUUCCUUCUUGGCUCGUCAUUCAGGUCCAGAGAGAACUGGGUUGCACAGGCGCUUGGGCCUUUGAUGUGACGGCUGCAUGCAGUGGGUUCGUCGUCGGACUGGUCACUGCCUCCCGUUUCAUCAAGGGUAACGAAAAUUCUCAUACGAUUUCCGUGCUUCCGUGUUCUUCUGUGUUUCAUACAAUUUAAAAUGCCAGGCGGUGGUUAUCAGAAUGUUCUAGUCAUUGGAGCAGACGCUCUUUCACAGUACGUGGAUUGGACUGAUAGAGGCACCUGCAUUCUCUUUGGUGAUGCUGCUGGCGCCGUUUUGGUGCAGGUAUUUCUUCUCUCUCGCUCCGCCCAUGGAACUGAACUGUGCAAGGGAGAGCUUCUGAUCUGCCCCGCCGGCAGAUACCAUGAUGCAUUUUUACCAGAUUUUCAGAAGAUAUAGAUUGGAAAAAAGAAAAAAAGCUGAAGCGGAGAUGAUCUACAGGCUUGCAGCGGAGAUGAGGACGGGCUGCUCGGAUUCAACCUGCAGAGUGACGGGAAUGGGGAAAGGUGAGGUCGACUCACUUUGGCGAUCUCCGCUUCUCUCCACCGUCACUUCCAAGUCACCCCGGAGAGAAAAACUCCUCGCAGGCACCUGAACGCCAUCAUCAAGGAUGAGAAGGCGGUCGAUUUCCGCUCAAGCGCCAAUGGGGCCCCGUUCUCUCCCCCGGGAAAGCCCUCUUACUCUUGCCUGCAGAUGAACGGCAAGGAGGUCUUCCGCUUCGCCGUCCGCUGCGUGCCGGAGUCCAUACUGUCGGCGCUGGACGAAGCCGGCCUCGCGCCUUCCAGCAUCGACUGGCUGCUACUCCAUCAGGUGACGAAAUCUCUCAGAUUUGAUAAAUACUGACAACUCUCUCCCAUCUGAUGAGGAGGCUGCUCGCUCUGCUGCAGGCGAACCAGAGGAUCAUCGACGCGGUGGCCAGUCGCUUGCAGAUCCCUCCCGGCAAGGUGCUGUCGAAUCUGGCUGACUAUGGGAACACGAGCGCCGCUUCCAUUCCCCUGGCCUUGGACGAGGCUGUGAGAGGCGGCAAGGUCGCCGCCGGGAGCUUCAUCGCCACCGCCGGCUUCGGAGCCGGCCUUACUUGGGGCUCGGCGAUUCUGAGGUGGGGAUAG